UUCCAAACCCCGCAACGAGUGAGUAAUUUUUUUUCCCUUUGGAACAGAAUAUACAAAAGCUGGCACAGUAACUGUCUGCAAGCUUAUCCUUUCUUCCCCAUUACUUUGGCUUACAAACGCUGGCGAUUUGAUAUUACUUGUCUAUAUUUGGUUUUGCCACUGUAAUAUUGGAGCUUGACAAAAUCUGAUGGAGAAACCUUCUCAAACCCAUUUAUAUGCGGGAAUACUGAUUUAUCGAUUGCAAAGAAACAUCGAAUAUUUAUUGUUAAGUGAUUCAUUCUCAAAUAAGAAACAUUGGUUCUGUCCUAAAGGACAAGUGAUCGGGUCUGAAGACGAACUCAAAUGUGCCUUUCGUGAAGUAUUCGAAGCAACCGGAUUAAGCCCAAAACAGUAUCGUGUUGAACAAAAAUUCAAGGUUCAACUUAAAUACCUUGCAGGAACUCGCCCAAAAAAAGUGAUCUACUUUCUAGCACAAUUGCUCGAUAACCAUGCACGAUUAUUACCCAAUGCCGAAGGAGUUCAUUUCCACUGGUGCACUGAACAAGUGGCUGUCGAGAAGGUCUUGUUCAAGAGCAUGCAAAGCGUGUUUAGCCAUACCCAAAAAUUUGUUGAGAUGACACAACAGACACGACGUCGACAGUAUGAUUCGCAUGGUCAUGCUGUAAGAAAUGGAUCCUCGGACGGUGAGCAUCGUCACAAACAGUAUGAUCAGCAGCACACGAACGGAUCCAUCUUUCGCAAUGUGGAUCAUACUCCCUCUUCGUUGAAUCAGCCACAUUCUGGCUUCAAUUCCCCCUCCGCUGUGAUGCCUGUGCACCCGCGAAUUAACCUCCCCAAGCAGCAACAGUCAUCUCAGCAACAGCAGCCUCAACAACAGCAGAUAUCGCAUCCAUACGCAACAUCGAAUCGAUCGCACUCACAUGAGAAUAACAAUCCACUCUAUAAAACGCGUUUGUGCGAAAGGUUCAAACUGGAGGGUAGCUGCCCGUAUGGACCAAAGUGUACGUUUGCUCACGGUAUUGGUGAACUACGUGAACGUGUUCAGCCAGUUGGCGAUACGGAAGAACGGGAGAACCGCGGUUUAUCUUUUGCAGCCGGAUCGAAUACCUCUCUUCUCCGAAAUUCUGCGGAAAGCAAUCCUCUGUACAAGACCAAACUCUGUGAACGCUUUAUGGUCGAUCAAUUCUGCCAAUACGGGCCCAAAUGUCAUUUCGCACACGGAGAAGCGGAAUUGCGACAAAAGCCACAAUCAUUGUACCCAUUGGACCGUGAGCAGGAGGAUCAGAAUGGUUCGUACCGGUCUUCACCACGACCGGGGCAUCGGCAGCAAGAGAAAGACAAGGAGAGAAAUGAUGGAGUGGUGAAAGAUCGACAGUUUUUGCGAGAACGGUCAGGACGAUGGAGAAGGGACGAUGAUGGAAAUACGAGACGCGAACGAGCCGAUUCAGCCACCUUGAGUGAUCAUUCAACCGAAGAUCAAUUUGUGCACCGACGAGCUCAGCCUAUGGAAACUACGAGAUCGCCUCCUGACGUGACGCCAGCGCCGAUGUAUGGAAACGGAUCUGCAAUUGAUACAACCACCGAUCGAUUCUCGAACCUGGAUUUGAAGCCGUUGAGCUCGCCAACCCCGAAGCGCACUCCGAAUAACGUCGUAGCACCUGCACCUGUAAAACAGGAAAUUCACGAAACGAUACCCGCAGCACAUAUUCUAAACACGAGAGAAGAGAUCGUGGCGACAGAUAAAUCGUGGAUGAAAAUUGUUCAUAUCUCAAAGGAAGAACAAGCAAAGUUUACUCCCCCGGUCAGUAGAUCGCCAGCCUCCCCUCCUUCGAGAAGUGGACAAGAAGAGGCCAUCAUCAAAGAUUUGAAACAGUUUUUUAAGCAACAUCCAAACACUGAGAUGAUCAAGAAUGGAAAACUGUCCGAUGAUGUGAAAGAAGUGACCAAAAUCGAGAUGAGAAAUGAUUUAUCCAAACCGCAACUACUUUAUAUACUCCUCGUUAGUUUACUGGAAGAUGUCGGUAAAGAUGGAAGUCAGUCCUGCAGCAUCAAAUCGAUUAUAACAAACCGCAACCAUCUUUUCAAAACGUUUGUGAAGACUCCGGCUGAUCAAAAGACUUUGUUAAAAGCAUGGGAAAGACUCGUGAAGCACGCAAAUGAGACCCUUUUAGCGAAAACAUCGAUCGUAUUGUCGCUGUGGUACGAAUACGAUCUUGUGGAUGAGGAUGUUUGUAUGGCUUGGUAUGAACGUCUUGAGGAGAAUAGCGACAUCAAGAGAAGAAGUUCAAAAUUUAUUGAGUGGCUCAAUACUGCCGAAGAGGAAGAUGAUAAUGAAUAAAACUCUAGUCAUGUAUUCAUAUAUUUAUUUCAAAAAAUCUGAACAUUGGCUUUCUUG